AGUGGGUGAGUGCGGGCCGGGCCGGGGAGGCAGCCAGCUGGGUGAAUGUCGUCAAUAGUCGCCGUGUAGGCUCCAGUCUCCCCGCACUCCAACCAGCUCCCACCGGAUGGAUGUUUCAGUCGGAUGCGUCUUGUUGAAGCUGUUGCGGUGGAGUAACGUCAAGCCAACGGGAGACGAAAUGAGGAAAUAACAAGUAAACAAAGCAGGAUGUAACAAACCGCAGAGCAGAAUGUCAAGUGGAACAAAAGACACUUCUUUUUAUUCUCCUUCGAGUCUCAGCGGAUUGAACUAACCAGCAGCUCAACCGGCUAACGUUAGCUUAGUUAACGCUAGCUUGCUACAUAUACAGACAGACUGUAUGAAGUGGGCUCUCCUGCCUGUUUAGUCUCGAGCAUCCUUCCUUGUUUGCUUGUUUGCUGAGUGGAUCCCGUUGACAUUUCCACGCCAUGGCAGCAGUGGUUAGCUACUCUCCACCGUGGUGGGUCGACCUACUCCACAGACUUCCACAUUUCACCCUGAGGUUCGAGCAAACCAGCAGUGACUUCCAACCUGAAGACUGGACAUAUCAGCAGUCCAUCUUGUUACUUGGGGGUGUGGCACUUGCCUGUCUGGCCCUGGACCUCCUCUUCCUGCUCUUCUAUUCCAUUUGGCUCUGCUGCCGGCGGAACAAAACUGAGGAUCAGCCCAACGCCGACUGUUGCUGCACAGCCUGGUGUGUCAUCAUCGCCACACUUGUGUGCAGCGCUGGCAUUGCUGUCGGUUUCUAUGGGAACAGCGAGACUUGUGAUGGAGUGAAUCGGCUGACGUAUUCUCUGCGCCAUGCGAAUCGCACAAUCACUGGUGUGCAGAAGCUGGUAUAUGACCGUAGAUACGCACUGAACCAGACGGUAGAAGCCAAUCUGCAACAGCUUGAGGGCUGGUACGCGCAGCAUGCGGACUACCUGUCCAUCAUCCAAAAAGUGCAGGGCCAGCUGGACGAGCUGGUCAGACAGAUGGUGGAGAUUCCCUUCUGGGACAAUACCACAAUCUCCCUGGAGGAGCUGGCUGUCAAGAUUGAGCUGUAUGAUUGGUACAGGUGGCUGGGUUACAUAGUCCUGCUACUGUUCGACAUCCUCAUCUGCCUUCUGGUGCUGUUUGGCCUCAUUCGCAACUCCAAGGGAACGCUUAUAGGGGUUUGCCUUUUUGGUGUUGUCGCUCUUGUAAUCAGCUGGGUGUCCCUGGGGAUAGAGUUGGCUCUCUCUGCAACAUCCAGUGACUUCUGUUUUGCUCCUGAUGCAUACGUCACCAGAGUAGCAGACAAGUAUGGAGUCAUGAAUCAAGGUAUCCUCCAGUAUUACCUUAGCUGCAGCCCAGAGCAAACCAACCCCUUCCAACAGAAGCUCUCUGGGAGUCACAAAGCAUUAGUGGAGAUGCAGGAUGAUGUGUCUGAACUGCUGCGCUCUGCCACUGGAGAGCCUGAAGAAGCUAAGGGAAGUUUGGAGACGAUCCAGGAAGUUCUGAACACCACACAGAUCAGUCUCCAUCAGCUCACGGCCCUGGUGGACUGUCGGAGCCUGCACAUGGAUUACGUCCAGGCCAUGACGGGGCUGUGUUACGAUGGACUGGAAGGCCUAAUCUACCUUGUUCUAUUCUCCUUCGUCACUGCUCUCAUGUUCAGUUCGAUUAUUUGCAGCGUUCCUCACACCUGGAGAAACAAAAGGAGCGACGAGGACAGCGAGGAUGAGUCUCUGAGCCACGGGGGGAGGCAAAAUAAUGAUAACCUGUACCGGGUCCACAUGCCUAGCUUGUACAGCUGUGGCAGCAGCUACGGCAGCGAGACCAGCAUUCCUGCUGCUGCACACACCGUCAGCAACGCACCUGUCACAGAGUACAUGGCUCAGAACGCAAACUUCCAGAACUCGCGCUGUGAAAACACUCCCCUGAUAGGACGAGAGUCUCCUCCCCCCUCGUUGUAUUUGACUGCCGCGGACAGUAACAGCGGUCACUGCUGGCAGUUAAAGCCCUCGGAGAGUUCAAGAUCGUUUUGGUAACCUCAUCUGCUAUGCUAACAGUACACCUCCAGCAUGAGGGCGAAGUACCUGGCCAACAGCCGUCCAGACGCCAACAGCCCUCCAGCUCACUAGGCAACACUGGACUCCUCCCAUUUUCUGCACUGACAUCUCAGAUUAAAUCACUUUCUCCAGUCAUGUUUCAUAGAAGAUCUCACACCGCCGCUAAAUUUUACCGCUCGGACGACCUCAAGAAUCAGGCGCUCUCACUUCGACAGUCUCUAGCCGAUGCUUCAGGGUGAAAUCCUCAUCGCCGGUGCUGGGAAUGAAGUCGCGUCUAAUAAUAUAAAGAACCCCGGACUGAUUAUUUCUCUACACAUCUAACGAGGCAUUGCAAGUGUCGGGGACUGUGGAAGUGCUCGUACAUUAACGCUGAUUACUACUGCUUAGUUGUGUUGGAAUUGUUUUGUAAAGUACUGUAAAAACACCCUCCCGUUGUCGGAGAGUGACAAAUGCCUUACGCUCAAAUGUGGGAGAAAUCCAGUGUUGUGUAGACGUUGUUUCUCAGAGGACGCACAGUAAAAGGAUCCAACAGUUCCACGUAAUAUAGAUGAAUUAUUUCACAAUGAAACAUCUCAGUUCCUCAGGAGCUUCGAAUACAAAAGUCACCAAUAAGAUUUGCUCGGUUUUAUGUGAAUCAUACAUGCGCAAUACGUUUAACACGGGCUUGUUAUUGUCUUAAAUCUAAAGUCUGGGACCAGUUCUUCUGCAGGUGUGGAAUGAAACAUUUUACAUCUUGGACUCGUGUUAUUUCCUGUGGCAUUUUUUUUGUUUUGUUUUGUUUUCUUGAAUACAUUGAUGAGCCACUAUUCCUCAGCAGUGACUGUAAGAGAUUGCGAAGCUGUGAACUCCAUUCUUGCACAUGCUCAGAGGACUGGAUGAGGACAAUGAUGAUCUGCACGCAGGAAAUGCAGCUGUUUGAUGACUGUGUUGGGGAAAGAAGAAACUCAGUGACAGAUUUUUUUUUAUAUAUAUAUACUACUGGAAGCAGGAACAUUCACAGCUCUUUUGAGGCCGACGGUGAAGCAGGGGAGCAUGUGAUAUAUAUUUUUUUUUUUUUUUUUUCCUGCAACAUUCAUGACCAUAAUGAUUUACUGCUUGUUAUUCGCUUCAUGUCCCAGUUGAGAUCAAAAGCCUCGUCUCCUCUUAUCGAAACUGGGAAUCCUACACACACACACACAAACACACAGAUCUUGAUUCUUUUCUAACAAAUCCAGUAGUUUAGAGUUCCUGUCUUUAAUGCAAGUUAUUGUGAAAAUAUGCAUAUCAGGAUUUCAGUGAGGAAACCGUAUGCAUCGGCAAUGCAGUGUCUCGAAAAUGUGUUUUAGCAUUUAUAACAACAACAAAAAAAAAUUAUUAAAAAAUAGCGUGAUUGGAUGCUGUGAAGGGACUGUAAUGUGUUUUGCCACUUUUCUCUCUCUCUGUGUGUGUAAUCUGGAGGUUAUCCGUCAGGCUGAUUACCUCUCGAAGCAUGACGAUCCUUCUAAUGUGGGGUGAGACAUUUGUGCUGCUUCUUCAGCUUCUCUUAGACGUACGUUGUGAUCAGUUCAAGAGGUGACGUAGAGACUGUGCCAACAACUUAAGCACAAACCAUUUUACUCUUAAUAUCUUCAAUGUCUUUCAAGGCUUGUUUGUACAGUUGAUAGCUCGUGGUUGCUGACGCGAUCAAAUGAGAAAAUGAGCCAGACUUUUUUUUUUUUUUUUCCAAUCCAAUCGACGCUCUGUAAAAAUAUGAUUACACUGAUGCAGUCUCUGUUUUUGGGUAGUAGUCAUACUCUAUUUGUCGUUUAUUAUGCUGUACAGGUUAUAAACAUUUACAAAUUAAGAAAAAGUUGUUGGAAUUGACAAGUCUGAUUUUUCAUUUUUAACAUUACGUUUUUAAACAUUUUCAUUUUUAUAUUUGAUUUGCUUGUAGAUUUUUUUUUUUUUUUUUUAUCUUUUUUUUUGUUUUUAGAGUCUGUAGCAGGCACAGUAUGUUGCUUCAUUAAUGUGAAUAUGGUAAAUAGUUCAUUUUUUUCAUUGAACUUUUUUUUUCUUGGAAAAAAAAUCACUGUAGGUGUAAUCAGUUUUUUUUUAUUUUAUACAUUUUUGCAAUCUAAAAUGUGUACAUGUAAAAAUGUGGUUGAGCUUGAAUGCAGUGUUUUAAAAUUAAACAACGUAACUGUA